AUGGAAAAUGAGCGUGAAGAACUGACCAGGAAGUAUUUCCCCCGUCUCCAUCAUGCAUGCAAUGCCUGUGGAAUUCAGUUUGUCCCCGUAGAUAUGCGAUGGGGCAUCACUUCAGAGGCCGCAGCAAAUGCCCAAGUAAUCAACAUUUGUCUCCGAGAAAUUGACAGGUCUGAUGUCUUCAUUGGGUUCUUUGGACAGCGUUAUGGUUGGCAUGGGGAAUCUGAUGAUCUGCUCCAACGAAAUUUUGACAAUGCUGUCGGGCGCUAUCCUUGGCUGGCAGAUUACCGGGACAGGAGUGUCACGGAGCUGGAGUUUCUGCAUGGCCAUCUCCUGCAUCCUAGCCAGCUGCCAGCCUCGCUGUGUUUCAGAGAUAAAGCCUAUGAUGACGCUAUGAAAGACAAGGCAGAGGCUGAAGGAGAUCUGAAGUCUGCUCUCAAAUACACAGCAGAAAGUGAGCACUCCAUGAAACUGAUGGCUGAUCUUAUUGAAAGAGUUAAAGCAACUGAAUCUCAGGUGAUGAUUUUAUGUUUUUUUGAGCAACAAUGGAAAUAUUCAGGCUUGCUGUUUCAGGGAGCCAAAUUUAUGUUUGAAAGUGUGUGGAAGUAUUGCCAGGAACUGCUUGCCACAAGUGAUUCUGAAGAAACAAGUCUCCUGCAGCAAAACCGCUUAUGCCAUGAUGCCUAUUUGGCUUCACGGACAACGCUGUAUCUGGGAGGUGACAGCUACUUGCAGAAGUUAAGCCCCGUGAAGAUGAAAGAACAUCCAAACGUAUUGGUUCAUGGCCCUGCAGGAUGUGGGAAGUCUGCACUCUUGGCUAACCUAGUCAAACAGUUACAGGAUUCUGAAAACCAAGUAAACUUCAUCUAUCACUUUGUUGGAUGUGCUCAAGGAACCACAGAUCCAAAAAGUAUAAUGCAACGGAUCUUAGCUGAGCUGCAGUUUAUCAAUGGAACUGAAGUGAACAGAGAUUUGGGAGCUGAACACAAGCAAUCUGUCAUUGAUAAAGUUUAUAACAAUGAGUUUCAUGACAUUUAUGUCAAUGUUCAGAAUGAGAUGCAGCAUGCGUCAUCUGAUGGAAAGCAAGUGGUAAUAAUCAUUGACGGCCUCAACAGGGUUACAGCUUCUAGUAAAACAGCAAAGCAUCUGUACUGGCUGCCUGAGAAGUUUCCUUGUGGCAUUUCACUUAUUGUGUCUUGUGUGACCUCCAACACUGAGACCUUUGACCUUCUUGUGAAUCAACGAAAAUUUUAUGAUCUUGAAGUCCAGUCACUUCCUGGUGAUAUAAAAACAGAGAUUUGUAAGAAAACCCUUCUUGUGAAUGGGAAAGAGCUUUCUCCUCAACAGCUGCAGAGAGUGGUGAAGGCAGAACAAACUCAAAAUCCUCUGUUUCUGAAGAUUGUCCUUUCUGAAAUCUCCAUCUAUGGUUACUUCAGAUUUCUGGACAAGAAAAUAGAUUCCUUGAUUUAUUCUAAUGGUGUUAAGGACCUCCUAAGCAAAGUCCUGCAAAGACUCGAAGAGGAUUACAAUGUGCAGGAUCAUGCAGAACUCUUAGUGCAGCAGGUUCUCAGUGCCAUUGCCGUGUCUCAUCAGGGUCUGUCAGAAACAGAGUUGCUAGACAUGUUUCACAUUGAGUCUCAUGUCUGGUCUCCAUUUUACUUUGCUGUGGAAUUCUUCUUAAUCAAUGAUGCAGGUUUGCUCAGGUAUGUGUCCAUCCACAUUUCUUUCUAA